AUUCGAGUUUGGUGGUAGUCGUGAAUGCAUCGAUCUCAUUUCUUCUGGAGUUCGAAAAAUUAAGAAAGAAAAAAGUCUAGUGAGAUCGCAACACAUUUGAGAAGCAGCCAUGAAGGGAGUUUUGUUUAUUGUGGCUAGUCUUAUAGCCUUUGCUACGGGUCAAGACUGCCCAGCAUACUACGUCCGCAGUCAAUCCGGUCAAUCAUGUUACAGAUACUUCAACAUGCGCGUUCCCUACAGGAUGGCCUCCGAAUUCUGUGAAAUGGUUACACCUUGUGGAAAUGGACCAGCAAAAAUGGGUGCUCUGGCUUCAGUUUCGUCGCCUCAGGAGAACAUGGAAAUCUACCAAUUGGUGGCCGGCUUCUCACAGGACAACCAGAUGGAGAAUGAGGUUUGGCUCGGAUGGAACAGUCAGAGCCCAUUCUUUUGGGAAGAUGGCACCCCAGCUUAUCCUAACGGAUUCGCCGCUUUCUCCAGCAGUCCGGCGUCUCCUCCACGUCCCGGUAUGCCCCCAACUCGUAGCUGGCCCGUCAACCCUCAGAACCCCAUGUCAGGACCACCAGGAAGAGCUCCAGUCAUGAAGCGUCAGAACCCACCUGUCCGACCUGGACAAGGAGGACGGCAGAUCCCUCAGGGUGUGGGACCACAGUGGGAAGCGGUAGAGGUCACCGCCAUGCGCGCUUUCGUUUGUGAGGUACCUGCAGGCAGGAACAUCCCUAUCGGCCAACAACCGGGCAUGGGACAAGGCGGCUUUGGUAAUCAACAACCAGGCAUGGGUGGGCGACAACCAGGCUUUGGUAAUCAACCAGGAAUGGGUGGGCGACAACCAGGCUUUGGUAAUCAACCAGGAAUGGGAGGGCGACAACCAGGCUGGGGUAAUCAACCCGGUGUGGGUGGGCGACAACCAGGCAUGGGUGGACAACAACCAGGCUGGGGUAAUCAACCCGGUGUGGGUGGACGACAACCAGGCAUGGGUGGACAACCAGGAGUGGGCGGGCGACAACCAGGCUUUGGUAAUCAACCCGGCAUGGGUGGACAACAACCAGGCAUGGGUGGACAACAACCAGGCUGGGGUAAUCAACCCGGUGUGGGUGGGCGACAACCAGGCAUGGGUGGACAACCAGGAGUGGGCGGGCGACAACCAGGUGUGGGUGGACGACAACCAGGCUUUGGUAAUCAGCCAGGUGUGGGUGGACGACAACCAGGCAUGGGUGGACAACAACCAGGUAUGGGUGGACAACCAGGAGUGGGCGGGCGACAACCAGGUAUGGGAGGGCGACAACCAGGCUUUGGUAAUCAACCAGGUGUGGGUGGGCGACAACCAGGCAUGGGUGGCCAGCAACCGAAUAACCCGAAUAACCCGAACCCGAACAACCCGAACAACCCGAAUAACCCAAACCCCAGGUUCAACAGACCCCGUAUGCUUCAAGAGGCAGACGCGUUGGCAUAACUUGAGCUCAGACUGAACUUACUAUUUUCUUUGUUGUUAUAGACUUGAAAAGUUUUGCCUCGGCGUUUUUUUUUUUCUUCUUCCUUCCAUACUUUGAGGAAUUACCGAACGGAAGUGUUAUGUAGAGCGCCCUCAACGCAGAGUUCAUUCGACAAAAGCCUUUCUUGACAUUGCUUCAAAAUGUUGUUCUGAAAGAAGGGAUGAGACUGAUACUUCUACAGCUUCGCUCGAACAAUUCGUUUAGUUUGAAGUUUAACAGGAUAUAAUAUAAACUGGUCUUCCAGUUUUCCCACAGUCAUAUUUUGUUUUCUCGUUUUAAAUUCAAUACGUUUACUUUUUUUUAUAAAAAAUAAAAGACAGUGGAUGUAAACAAAUUUGAAAGAUAUGUAAAGAAUUAAAGUUCGUUUCACUUUAAAUGUGGUAAAAUAAAGAUGUAAUAUAUCACAUUAAAA